AUGGCCCAAGCUGCUGCAUCAACAUGUGAAAUAUGUAUUGGAGGACCAGGUGAACACUAUUGCCUCCAGUGCAAUCAGUUAUUUUGUGAAAGUUGCAAAUUAUCGCAUUUACGCGCAAAUAUUUGUAAAAACCACACUUUUUUAAGCGGACCUAAAAAGUCAGAUGCACUUUUUUGUGCAGCACACGAAGAAAGAUGUUCAUCCUACUGCCAUGAUUGUGACACUCCUGUGUGUAUAGUGUGCUCUGAUGAGAAACACCUUCACCAUUUGAUGAAAGGUCUGGCUGAAUCAAUACAGGAACUUAAAUCUGAACUGUUUGAGAAAAUUGAAUCAAAAGUAGCAACUGCCAACUUUAACCUGGGCAAAAUUGAGAAAGAUACAAAAGCGUAUCAUGAUAAGGUCAUCGCAGUCAUCAAAACCAUUACGGAAGAAGGUAAAUACUGGAAGCAAUUGAUUGAUAAGAAAGUAGAAGCUUUGAUCAAGUUAGUUCAGGAAAAGGAACAGAAAGAAACACAAAAUAUGACUGCAUAUAGCGAAGUAUAUAAGGGAGUUGCAGAAAACUGUCAAAGAUGGCAAAAUACCAUCAAGAAAAUGUGCACAACAGCAGACAUUUUAUUUUUGAACAAGCUGAAUCAACUUAAGAAUGAUGUUGAUCAAAUAGUAGUAAAGCAGAUUCCCGAUGCUCCUGAUAUGUCAUACAGAAACAAAAAGACAUCAGACGCAGAGAUAGACAACCUUUUCGGGGAGUUACAAUUUCCGUAA